ACUUUUGGUCCGCCGUCAAUAUUUCCGUGAGUUUGCCGUCAAAGAGAGGGGUAUUCUUGUCCAUUCAUGAUCUGAUCUUCUACUUAACCCUCACCGUUGAUUUCCUUACGUAUUUUCAUACUGAUGGAGACCUAAAUCUCAUCUUCCUUCUUCUUCCUAUCAUUAUCAGCUACAAGUUCUCUUCUUGUCAUUGAAGAUUUGAGAUCCAAUGGAAAGAUACAAAGGAGAAAGCUCUAAUUCUUCGACGUCUUCGAGUAGAAUGAGGCAGUGCUACGUUUAUGGGGAAUGGAUUUCAAUUCAACAAUGCGAAUGCGGACAAGAAAUGGGUUUGAAGACAUCAUGGACAAAUGAGAAUCCAGGCCGGAGAUAUUGGGAAUGUUCAAGAUGUAAGGCUCAUUCACGUGGGUUUGUGAGGUGGUAUGAUCCCCCGAUGUGCCCUAGGUCAAAGAGGAUAAUACCCGGGUUAUUGAAGAAACUUAACAAAAUUGAAGAAGAAAAUGCAAUGUUAAAGGCCAAGUUGAGAAGUGGUUGUUAUUGUAAUGUUUUGGAAGAAGUGAAGAAUAAGUGUUGGAGUAGAAAAUGUACAACCAUGAUGGUUGUUGUAGUUGUUAUUGUACUGGUAAUUAGUUUUUUUGUUGUAGGGAGCAAUGAGAGCUUUGGCAAGAAUGUGCCUAUGCUCCCAUAAGGUGAAAGGUUACUGUGGUUGGAAAAUUAAAAUGGUGAAUGCAAAUUGUAGUCUUAUGUUGUGAACAAUUAUGUUAAUGUGCCAAUGCAAGUUGUAGUCUUAUGUUCGAAA